AUGUUCCCCCGCAUAUUAGUGUGCGAUGAGUUCGAGGAGAUGUUUCGUGGGGUCGCUGAAAUUGUACAUCUGGUAUCAGGACCUCGUUCUCAUUUCCUCUCCUCAUUCGGGCCCAAUGGGCCGUAUGAAGGGACUGUCGCCUUGUACAGGUGCAACGCAUCUUCUGCAGUCAUAGGAAAAUUGGACGCGCCAUUAACCCACGCUUUAGCCGAUACGAGCAAGGUCUGCUGGAUCGCUCAGAGUAGCAGUGGUUACGAUAAAAUCGACGUGCAAGCCUGCAAAGAACGAGGAAUAUUGGUGUCGAAUACUCCAAGAGCGAACGAGGAUGCUACUGCUACUACCACUUUAUGCCUUAUGAUAUCGUGCCUGCGGCGCUUCUCGAUGGCAGAACGCUCCCUUCGCUCUGGUACGUGGAAGACACCCUGUAAUGCAGCGCAAACUGACGACAUUACUGGACGCACGCUUGGUAUCUUCGGCUUGGGCGACAUCGGUCUGAGAUUCGCUCGCCUUGUGCACGCCUUUCCGAUGCGCAUCGUAUGCUUCUCACGAAGGAAGGCAGAAUCCGUACCAGACUGGUGCGAAUAUGUCUCAAGCCUGGAGAAGCUGUGGAAGCAGGCUGACGUGCUGAGCCUACGAGUCCCUUUCAACCAAUCCACAGCUGGUAUAAUUGGAGAGAAGGAGAUCAGGACCCUGCGACGCGGAAGUGUGCUUCUCAAUACGUCACGAGGACGAACGGUGGACCAAGAGGCGAUGAUACGAGCGCUGGAGGACGGUCAUCUUUCGUCAGUCGGCUUGGAUGUAUACCCCGAUGAACCGCGCGUAGAUUGA